AUGGCGGCCAACGAGAAGGCCAAGGCAAGCGCCGUGGCUCGGCAGCCGCUGCAGGCCUGCAGCGCACCGCCGAAGCCACAGGCGCUGAAGCGGCGCCGCAGCCGCAAGGGGAGCGCCGAGGUGGGGCAGCCGCCCGCCUGGAGGACCCGCUGCGCGGGGUGGUCGCGGCAGGCGGAGAGCCCCGGCGCGGAGCCCCCUGGCGCGAACGGCCCCCUGGCGCAGGCGGCGCCGCGCGCCGUGCCACAGGCUGCGCCCCACAGCGCGGACGAGCUCGAGGCCAUCGUCAUCAGCCUCGAGCGGCGGCCCGACCGCAUGGCCGGGUGCGAGGCCAGGCUCCGCGAGUUCUGCCCCGGGCUGCGCUACAGCCGCUUCACCGCCACCGACGGCCGGCUGACGGCGAUCCCCGACAGCGACGCCGUCAGGAAGUGGCACACAGGCAGGAACGUCGUCUACCAGAGGCUCCGCGCGGUGCGGAAGGGCUGGAACGACCUCGACUCGUACACGGAGCGAGCGCCCAGGGGGGCUCGCCCCACGAAGCUGUAA